AUGGUGGCGGCUCUCGCCCUUUUUGAUACACAUUUCAACAUGGCAAUGGUUUACAUAGCUGUUAUAGCAGUGGCACUUUUAAUAGGAACUUUUGGAAACUUGAUGAUACUGCUUGUAGCAUUUUGGUCAAGAGGACUGAACAAAGUUGGUAAAGAAUUUAUGGUGAAUCUUGCACUGGCCGAUCUCUGUGUGGCUGCAGUAGCUGAUCCAAUGUGUAUUGUAGGUGUGAUUAAAGGGGAGAAUUUUUUCAGUGGUCGGCCCUGGUUGUGUCACCUCAUCGCCAGUAUGUGUCUGACAGCCUGUUUCUGUGCAUUUGCUAGUCUAACGAUGCUGUCAUUGAACCGUUACGUUUACCUGUGUCACAACGAGAUCUACGACAAGAUGUACGGGCGCAUAACUUGCAUUGUAAUUUGCGUGAUGUGCUGGGUUGCUGCCUUCCUUUGUGAAUUCCCGAAUUUUGUCGGAUGGGGCGGCCAUUACUUUGACGACAAGAACCAUCAAUGUAUCUGGGAUCGAACAAGCAGCUUGUCCUAUACUCUUUUUGUAGCGAUUGGCUUGAUUGGUUUUCCUCUUCUGACGAUGACGAUUUGCUUCAUUCUUAUAUUUCGUCGGAUUUGGAACACCAAGAAAGCUCUUUACGAUAUAGACAAAGAACAGGAUGGACGGAUGGGAAAGGUGAUGGUGGAAAGUUUCCGGACGGCCAAGACUAUAUUUGUCAUCUUCGUGGUUUUUGUCAUCUGCUGGACACCGUAUGCUAUAGUCAUUGCCAUUGAUGUUGAGAACAAACUUCCAAUGCCGAUACACCUGUUUACUACACUUCUGGCACAUCUUCAUUCGAGUUGCAAUUUCAUCAUUUACUUCGUUGGCAACAAGAGGUUCCGAGUAGUUCUUGGACGCAUCUUUGGAUGUCAAGACAAAACAGCUAUUCUAUCCGAAACUAAGAGUUCCAGUGUUCCCGACAGUCCAGGUACAACAAGAUAUAAUAAUUUUAGUGGAAUAAAACCACAGUUGAAGAUUACAAAGAAACAAACAUCGACUGGAUCAGAUUCUUGUGAUGGUCACAUAUGAUAUGACGUAUUAUUAUCUCCGAGUUAUGACCUUGUUCCUUUUGUUUUAUGCCCGCCUACGAUAGUAGAGGGAAAUUAUUUGUUUUCUGUGCUGUCCGUCUGUUCGUCCGAUAGUCUGUUAGGGUGUCUCGUAUCAGGUUGGAGUAAUUUGUUAAGGCCACGCAAAAUUAAUACCUCGUUCGUCGGAUUCCCCGCGUGUUGUGAAAGGUCGACCAGAAAAAAUUACUUUUUUUAAAAACCCGGCCGCGUCCAGUACGGAUCCGCGCGCGUCCGUCUCUAAAUUUAUGAAACAAAAAUUUUAAUCAGUUGUGCGUUUGAAAGUAACACCAUACAGACACGGAAAUUGACAACAAAAACGAUCUAGAUCUAACAUUCAAACACUGUUGUUACAAUAUCAUUGCCAAAUCUAGCCUAUGAUAAGCAUUCUUAAGGAAAGACAUGAGUGGACUAUUUGUAGUUACAGUGGUAAUGCAUACAAACACAUCAGUAAAAUAUGAUUAGGCCACACCAAAUUAAUUCUAGUUCUUCGGAUUUUCCCUUUGAAAAAAGGUAGAGAGCGAGCGAAAUUUUUUCAUUUGUUUGUUUUUUUUAAUUUUAAUUUUUGGCAGGCGAGGGAAAUUUUUACAAGCGAGCGAUAUAAUUUUUAGAAUUAAAAAAAAAAAUCUACGAAAUGAAUUUUAUGCAAAAGAGCGAUCAGAUAUUUAGUGUUGAUACUUCAGUGAUGUUUAUAUAUUUCUCCUAUCCUAGUUAAUAGAUCACCUUCUUUGCCUCUUUAUUUGUUCUCCAACAUACGGUUAAUCUUUUCACAAAGUUUCCAAUACAAAUAUGAAAUGGUUAAACAGGCAGCAAAAGCCACAAUAACGAGUAGUUUGAUCAAAUAAAUAUGAUCCUGCUGAACAUGAUAAGUAUAACUGCUUUAAACAGGCAGACAUCCAUAGUUGAAGUAAUUUAUAAUUGGUCCAUUGUAUGUUGUUUUGAAUAAACGCUUGCAAAGUAUAUAUUCAUGUACAUGCAACGUAAUCUAUGUAUUACUGGUAAAUUAUUAAGUCAGGGAUUUCGUUACCACAAAUUACUUAAAACCGUUACUAAAUUCUUCCACACAUAUAAAGAUUUGGUUUUGAAGUUUGGGUGUACCUGUAGAAAACUUAUUUCAAACGGGAUUGCACAUCCUCAUUUUUACGGCAAUAUUGUUUACCGUGCCCGGAAAUUUAGAAACGAUCAUGGUAAACUUAUCGAUCCUUUAAAUAAAUUUAUUCUAAAAGGUUACCAAUUCAACACUGUAAUUAUAUCAUUAAAUAUUGUUUUUAUUGGUACUUAUAUGGAUUUUGUUAUCAGUAAAUUAAAAACAAACUAAAUAUUAUUGUUAUAUACAUAUACACAUUCAUGGAUAUACAAUCUGUCGAUACCUGUAUCUUGGCAUUGCACAAGGUCAUGUUUUUCUCUGACUGUUUAUGACGUCUUUUCACUAAAUCCAUUGGAUGUUGGAUGUGUACGGAUUGAUAAUUUAGUCUUAGAUGCAUGAUAUUUUUUAUUAGUUGUUAGUGGCUUUGAACUAGCUGUCAGUAACUGCGAGUACUCUCUGAUCUGUACUAAGUGUCUUUUUGUUGUUUGGAUGUACAAUUACCCGGCCACGUCCACUUGUAUUUGUAGUAUUUGUAUUUUUAUCCAUCUGAUGAGUUAAGCCUCUUUCAACUGAUUUGUAUAGUUCGUUCUUAUGUUGUACUGUUACACCACUGUCCCAGGUUAGGGGUGGGUUGGGAUCCCGCUAACAUGUUUAACCCCGCCACAUUAUGUAUGUAUGUGCCUGUCCCAAGUCAGGAGCCUGUAAUUCUGUGGUUGUCGUUUGACACGGUUUGUUUAUGUGUUACAUAUUUGUUUUUCGUUCAUUUUUUGUACAUAAAUUAGGCCGUUAGUUUU